AGUUCAAAUUUUUCAUUGGUUUUGAACAGUCUUGAAUCUUUUUAAGCAUAUUCUUUUAUUCAAUUUUACCUGAAAAAAUGACGAAUAUUCAAGCUUUUAAUUCUCUCAUUUUUACUUUAUUACGUUGGUUUUCUGUUCUUUUUACUUUUAUAGAAUUAACAUUUCUAUUUCUUUUUUGCAGUAUCUAUUGGAAAUAGUGACGCCUUCGUAAAACCACAGGAUACUGUCGUUGAGAGGGGUGUAGAUGUUGAACUUAAAUGUUCUGGUGAGAGUGCAAAAUCGGUUCAAUGGUGGAUAACUAAACUUCCAGGAUUUAGUUUUCCACAAUUGUUGUCCGAAGGAAAUAAAACUAAGGAGGAUGCUACAGAUUACAUGGAAAUUUCAGGAUUUUACAAUUUAAGAAUAAAAAAUAUCUCGUAUAUUGAUGGAAAUUUAUAUUAUUGCAAGUACCAAGCCACUGACCACCAAGCUUAUGUAACAGUACUGGAAAAAAUUGAUAUAUUACAAGAAGAUUUCAACAAAACCGAAAUGGGCAAAGCCGCUUGCAACAUAACGUUUGGUACCCUUAAAAAAGUGAUAUAGCCAAACAAAAUAUGAGACCCGAAGCUUUAUUGUAUUUAGACAACCAACUACGUAUAAAUAGAAGCCAAGACGAUCCAUGGACGAUUGAUGCUGAUCCAGGAAAAACACCAGGUCAAAUUAGUAUGGAAACUGAGUUUAAUUUUACUUGGUCAGAAAAAGUAAGGAUGCGCUGUGAAUUUCACAUUAAAGAAAUCUCUUAUAAAAAAUCUGUGGAGAAGUAUAUAUAUAUCUUACACCCUGUGAGUACUGUGACAGUAAGCCCUGAUAAGAGCUCGUACUUAAUCAAUGACAAGAUAAAAUGCGAAGCUAAUGGCUACCCUUUACCUACAAUGUCUUGGAAAGGAAUAGAAUCCGGUGAUAAAAGAGAUAUUAAUGGUGAUGAGCUAGAAAUAACGGAAAAAAUGCUUGGAAAUAAUAAAUGGGAAUGUAAAGCUUGUCACUAUUAUAAUUCCAAAGAGAAUUGCGUAACAAAAACAAAAUCUUUUAAAGUUAUUAAAAGCACUAGUGACGCUAACCGAAAUGUUUUUAAUUUCUCUGUUGUCACCGUUAUCUUAGCCUUUUUGAAUUAUUUGUAA